AUGGGGUCUCUUCCUGAAUCUGUUGAAUCAUACGACCGGUCCCUCCGUUCCGACGUGCUCAUCGUUGGUUCAGGUCCUGUCGGGGCUACAUACGCACGGAAGCUUGUUGAUGCCGGUAUCAAGGUUCUCAUGGUUGAGAUGGGAGAUCAAGAGCGCCCCAUUCCUGGUGAUCACAAAAAGAAUAGUGUUCAGGCGCAGAAGGAUCUCAACAAGUUCAUCGACAUUGUUCAAGGAGACUUGGAGUUGCUCUCUAUUCCGGUUGACAAGGCUCCUCAAUCAGAUCUGGACUCGACAUCCUGGUCAACGAACAGGAACAUUCGCAACGGUCAGAAUCCAGACCAAGAUGCCUUCGACAAUCUCCCCGUAGCUGCGGCCACCCGAACCGUCGGUGGCAUGGGCGCGCACUGGACCUGUUGCACUCCGGAGCAGCACCCAGAGCUUGAACGGUCCGAUCUGUUCAGCGACGAGGAAUGGAAGAAGCUCUAUGCCGAAGCAAAGACCCUUGUGAAGACCAACAACACGUCGUUCGACAACUCAAUCCGACAGCAGCUCGUCCUGAAGGUUCUUCAGGGCGCGUACAAGGGCGAAGACAGGAAGUUCCAGCCACUGCCGCUAGCUUGCGAGCGCAGAAAGACGGGCAAUACGGACUACGUCGAGUGGUCUAGCUCCGCCACCAUCUUCGGCGAUAUUACGUCCUCUGAGAAUGAUCUCUUCACGCUCUUAUCCUCGCACCAGUGUGAGAAAUUGGUUGUUGAUGAAGUAACCGGAAAAAUCAAGGGAGCACUGGUAAAGGACCUGUUGGCGGACGAACACAUCUUCGUCCAGGCAAAGCGCUAUGUCGUCUGUGCGGGUGCCACCCUCACUCCCGGCAUUCUGUUCAACUCUGGAUUCACGGCCGAAGAGUACUCUCUCCCAGCACUGGGCCACUACCUUACGGAGCCAGUCAUGUCCUUCUGCCAAGUUGUGCUUGAUCGUAAUCUGGUUGAGGCAAUCAAAGAUGACUCGUGGCAAUUGGGUUGGAGCAAAACUGUCAUGAGACACGAGCAAAACUGGCCCGAAGACCCCGUGCCUUUACCCUUCAACGAUCCUGACCCGCAGGUCUGGAUGCCAGUCACAGAGGAUCGCCCAUGGCAUGCUCAGAUCCAUAGGGAUGCCUUCUACUACGGCCAGACGCCCGCCGAGAUCGAUCAGAGACUGGUGGUAGACUUCCGCUUCUACAGCGCUGUGAAGCCCGUCUAUGAGAACUACGUCGACUUCUCCAAGACGAUCAAGGAUGGCUAUGGAAUGCCGCAACCCACCUUUCACUACCAAAUUCCCAAAAAGGACGCGGAGAUUGCUGAUCGGAUGAUGAACGAUAUGGUCGAUGUUGCUUCAAACUUGGGUGGCUGGCUCCCUGGCUCCGAGCCCAGGUAUCUCCCACCUGGAUCUGCCUUGCAUAUCUGUGGCACGACCCGCGCUGGCACCUCGGUCAAGGACUCGGUGGUUGAUCGUGAGUCGCGCGUCUGGGGUCACGGAAACCUCUUCCUGGGAGGCUGCAGCGUCAUCCCCACUCAGACUGCUUCCAACCCGACACUCACUGCCAUUGGCUUUGCAAUCGUUGGUGCCAAUGCCAUAGUGAAGGAACUCAAAAAGUGA